AUGCUUUGCAGAACUAUUAAAUUGACUCAAACAAGAGCUUUCCAAACUACCGCCAAGAAGAACUUGACUAUCCCAUUCUUGUCUACUCUACCACAAGCACCUGGUGGUGUCACAGGCCAGGUAAACGAAGCUUAUGUUGCUCCCCCUCCAGAAAAGCUACAUGGUUCUUUACACUGGAAUUUCGAAAGAGCUCUUGCGAUCUCUUUGGUUCCAUUAGUGACUGUUCCAUUGGCUACUACGGGUUCUAUUUCUACCGCUUUAGAUGCCACUCUCGCUUCCGUCCUAUUGGCUCACUGUUACGUUGGUCUCCAAUCAUGUAUCAUUGAUUAUAUCCCAGCUAGAGUUUAUGGAAAGAAUCAUAACUAUGCGAUGUACUUGCUAGGUAUUGGUUCUGUUUUCUCUGCAGUCGGAAUCUACCAAAUUGAAACAAAGGAAGGUGGUAUCAUGGGUGUUGUAAAGAACCUCUGGACCAAACCCGCCGAAGAAAAGAAAUGA